CUCUUGCCCUGGUGAAAGUUGACAGCUGUACAGAAACAUGGCUGCUAGCAAGACGAAAAACCAGAGUUCGUUGGCCCUCCACAAAGUAAUCAUGGUUGGUAGUGGUGGUGUGGGCAAGUCAGCCCUUACCCUUCAGUUUAUGUAUGAUGAGUUUGUUGAAGACUAUGAACCUACAAAGGCUGAUAGUUACAGAAAGAAAGUAGUUCUGGAUGGUGAAGAAGUUCAGAUAGAUAUUUUGGAUACCGCGGGACAAGAAGAUUACGCAGCUAUUCGAGACAACUACUUCCGUAGUGGAGAAGGUUUUCUUCUAGUUUUUUCCAUUACUGAGCACGAAUCCUUUACAGCAACAGCAGAGUUCAGGGAACAAAUCUUACGUGUGAAAGCUGAAGAAGACAAAAUACCUUUGCUUGUGGUGGGAAAUAAAUCUGAUUUGGAAGACCGCCGACAAGUGCCUGUAGAAGCAGCCAGAAGUAAAGCAGAGGAGUGGGGUGUACAAUAUGUAGAGACAUCUGCAAAAACCAGAGCAAAUGUAGAUAAGGUGUUUUUUGAUCUAAUGAGAGAAAUUAGAACUAAGAAGAUGUCAGAAAACAAAGACAAGAAUGGCAAGAAAAGCAGCAAAAGCAAGAAAAGUUUUAAAGAGAGAUGCUGCUUAUUGUGAUCUUCAGUAGCCAGACUUGUAGGCUAUGGAAUUAACAAGACAUUUUACCUCUGAAAGUAUAGAGGAUUAUUGGAUAUAUGAAAGGAAAUCUGGAUCCUAUAGGUUUUCCCACUCACAUAAUAGCCUUUUUGGAAAAGCAAAACGUGGUUAAAAUUGUUCAGAAGUCAACAAAUCUCUGUAUUGAAAUGGAUGAUUCAUGAAAGCAGCUGUUGAUGCUAAAAAUAUUGCCAGCAAAUAUUUCUCUGACCAUUUGGUUCUCUGCCUGAUAUGGUUGCUUUGAAAUUGUCUCUUGAUCUCCCCCCCCCCCCCCAAAUGAUGCUCACUCAACAAGAGACUUUCCUUCUGUCAAGCAUAUUCAAAGUGGUUUCUCUUCAUUCAAGUUCAACUGGAGCUUUUCACUAUUCUUACCUGGCUUCAGUAUACUCUGUUGUUUCAAAAAAAAAAAAAAGGAAAGUUAGACACACUGAAAUCAUCCUGGUCUUUGAAAUUUGCAGACAACUUGGUCAAGUAUGGUAUAAUUCUUUCAGAUUCACUCCUUUGCCAGUGUAUUAGAUGGACAUUAAGGACUUAGUCCUUUGGAAAGAAAGGUCCAGCAGCGAAUCAGUAGUAUUUGUCAUUGCUACAGUAUUCCUGAAUUGAGCCUAUAUUUUCAGAACAUUAACAGUUUUAAUCUGAAAAGUUGCUUAUUCAUUGUUUUGUUUCCUCCUUUUAAUUCUAGUGUUUUAUUGGAGUUAAAUGGAAACUGAACAAGAGAGACCAUCUUUUUGUUAAUGUAGAGUUUCUGUUUUGCCCCAUAAUCAGUUCCAUUUUUGCCUGGCAAUACUAGACCCUCUUUCAGUGGCUUUACAAUGUUCUAACAAUCAUAUGAAGAAAUAUGAUGAUUUACAUUGUGAAAUAUGAUUUUGCUUUAGUCUUCUGGUUAAAAUGGAAGGGAAGCUUGUCCUUCGACAAGGCAAUAUAAGUAACCUGUGCACACAGACGUCAUCAAAAUGAACUGAAGUUAAUAGACACUUAAGUGGUUUGUGCAGGAACGAAAGUAUUUUGUUGUUCGGUUACGCUUAGCUCCUCUUUAGUUCUCUCUAAUGAACUUCAGCUGUGUUACUUUUAACAUCAAGUUUUGGAGUUGAAUUACUGAACAACCACCCAUGGGUAUUGUGACGGAAUUUGUGUGGGUGUGGAUAUGAGGGAACUAAAUCAGUAAGUGGGGAAGUGGUUUCAUUUUUAAUUUUUUUUUUUAAAGAGAAUUCAGUUAAUCAUGUGCAGUUGCCAAAAACCUGACCCUUGUUAAAUUUGCACAGGUGGUUGUACAGUUAUUGAAUGAAUCAUGCAGAAAGGUCUGGAUUUUAAAGGCAGCUAAAUAUAUUCAUUAAAAAGUAACCUCUUCUGGUUCUGUCACUAAUUGCAUUGUUGAUGUAGGUGGAAAAAGGCAUACGUGUGCAAUUAUGUUUUUAAUAAUGUUUUUAAAACAUUAAACCAACCAAGGAAGUCAACAUUGAGUUUGA